GUUCUUUCCAAAUUGUCUCUGCGCCGCGCUCCCCUCAUUCAACUCAACUCAUUCCUCCAUUUUCCCCCACCGCUCGACCGAAUCAGAAUCCCAUUCCUCAGACACCAUGUCCAGCAGCCUCACUGUAACCAUUGUGGGCGGAGGUAUUGGUGGACUGGCCCUCGCCAACAUGUUUGAGAAGACCAACAUCAACUACAUCAUCCUUGAAAAGGCAACCCGCAUCAGAGCUCUGGGCUCGUCCCUCGGUCUGGAUGCAACGAGCUUGCCUGUCAUGGAGCAAUUGGGCCUGCUCAAUGACUUUUACGAGGUUUCCAACCCUGUACGGCACUUCAACUUUUACAACGACCAACUCAAACCCAUUGGGAGAGUAGAUUUUUCGGACCUGGAAGAGAUUGGCGGCUACCCGGCCAUUAUCCUAGAUCGUCCAGCGUUCUACAAUGUGCUACUGAAGAACCUGCCGAAGCACAAGAUCCUCUACAACAAGCGAGUCCUCUCGAUCACCCAGGGCGAAGAUGGAGCGGUGGCCAAGUGUGCUGAUGGAAGCGCGUAUUUGAGCGACAUAAUCAUCGGUGCCGAUGGGGCAUAUUCUGCAGUGCGUCAGAACAUAUACAAGAGCCUGAAGCAGAAGGGAAAGCUCCCUGCUUCGGACGACAAGCCCCUGGGCUACAACCAGCAUUGCUUAGUCGGAAUCAGCGAGCCCUUGGAUCCUGAACAGUACCCAGUGCUGAAGAACGACUUCGCAGACUUUGAAGUCGUCAUCCCCAAGACCGAUCCUUUUUAUGCAAUUUACAUGCCUCUACCCAACAACAGGAUCUCAUGGGCCGUGAUCCAAAACGUACCCAGAGGCAAUGCCGAAAAGGGUGCAGGAUUCAGGUUUUCGGAAUGGGGUCCAGAGGCCUCCAAGGAAAUGGCGGAUUUUGUGCGCCACCAGCCGAACCCGUUCCAGGGCACCUUGGGAGACAUCAUCGACAGGUCGCCUGAGAUUUCAAAGAUUAUGCUGGAAGAAAAGUUAUUCGAGACAUGGUACGAGGAUCGUGUUGUCCUUCUAGGAGAUGCAUGCCACAAGGUCGUCCCAAGCGCAGGACUCGGCGCAAACCUUGCGAUUCUGGAGGGUGUUUAUUUGUGUAACUUGCUCGUGGACAUGCCUGAAGUGACACAAAAGAACAUUACUAAGGUGUUCGAGACCUACUACGCCCAACGUAUGUUGGCCGCCAAAGCAGGUCUCAGCAAGUCGCGACAGUUUGGCAAGGUCAUGGGAGACAGGGGUCCAGUCUCGCAAUUCGUUCGCAAGAUCUUUUUCGGCUACAUGCCGGCCAAGCUGGCGAGGAAGUCGAAUGAGCAGCGAUUACAAUGCCGUCCACAGCUGCAUUUCCUGCCUCAGGUACCGGACCGUGGCUCGAUCAAGCCCCUGCCACAAGAACCAAGACUUGUCUUUAAUGCGUAAACCAUCCUUCAUACCCGCCAACAUACCAUUAUAAAAUUUCAAGGCAACUAUCAUAAUAAACCCCAGUCGACAGAAAGGAUGGAGAAAGAGACCCCU